UUUUUAAAUGAUUGAUAAACCUUUACAAAGAAUAUAUUUUGUCGUACGAGCUAAACGUGUUUCUGUGCCACUGUGACAAUAUAUACGAACAAUAAGAUUCAUUUUGAAGAAAUAUGAUAGAAAGCAAAUGCAAGGAGAGCUUUUUACAAAAUGGAACAAAACAAAUUUGCUCUGGAAUUGACAAGAAAUCGAACACGUUUCCAUGGUUGCUUUAUUUUUCUGGUUUAACUGCUAAUUUGCUAGCAGUUAACGCAGGAUUUUGUAUGGCAUGGCUCUCACCAGUUCUUCUCAAACUUCAAUCCAACGAUACAACCAUCAAUCCACUUGGAGUUCCUGUUACCAUCCCACAAAUAUCAAUUAUGGGUUCUAUACCACCAAUAGCAGGCAUCAUUGGACUUAUAGUUUCCGUCAAAAUAUCAGACUUCUUAGGAAGAAAGAAAAUAUUAAUAAUAACAGCUGUUGCUUUUCUUUGUAGUGUUAUUAUAACAACAUUUGCUAAUCACAUUUAUUUUUAUUACAGUUUCCUAUUUUUCAGAGGGUACGCUGUUGCUUCUUAUAUCUACUGCAUUCCUGUUUACAUUAACGAAAUUUCCGAAGAUGGAAACAGAGGAAGGAUGGGAUGUUUGAUGGGAAUUGCAAUACCUCUUGGGGUACUUUUGGGUUUUUUGUUCGGUCCGAUUACCAGCGUUAGAGGAUUUACUUUGAUUUGCGGUAUUCCUGUUUUGUUGCAUUUAAUAUUAUCGAUAUUUACACCAGAAUCACCUGUGUUUCUUACUUUAAAAGGUAGAAAGAUGGAAUGUUUGCGUACUUUGGAGAGAUUAAGGAUGAUUAAAAAUGUUGCAGAGUUGGAAAAAGAGUACGAAAAGAUGCAAAUGUAUGCUGCUAAUAGACGGACGAACAGGAACUUUUUGGAUAUAUUUAGAAAUCGUGCCACAAGAAAAGCUUUUUUGAUCAGUACCGGUGUCUGUAUUGUUCAACAGUUUUCUGGUAUAUACACUUUUCUUGCUUUUAUGGGUACAAUCUUCGAUAAAACUGGUGUUGCAUCUGGAAAUACUUUCGGAAUUAUAACAGGGUUUGUACAGGUAGGUAUGUCUUUAAUUGCUGUGUUACUCGUAGAUAGAUUGGGUAGAAGAUCUUUAUUAUUAACAUCUUCAAUUACUAUAUCAAUAUCCUUAUUUCUACUAGGAUUCUACUUUUAUUUACAACAUAUAGAAUCGGUUUUAUUUGAAAAUCUAACUUGGGUACCAGUUUUCGGUAUAUCUCUAUAUUUAAUAGGGUACGGUCUGGGUUUGGAAUGUCUUCCCAUGGUUCUUGCUAGUGAACUUUUUCCCAAUGAUUUAAGAGCUAAGGGUUGCGGAUCAACUUUAGUUAUGAACAAUUUAGCGAUCUUCUUUGUUUCAUUUUGUUUUCCUUUGGUUUCGGCUUACUUAGGGGUCGAGUAUUGCAUGUGGUUUUUCAGUAGUUCAUGUUUUUUGGGUUUUAUAGUGAUGUUUUUCGUUUUACCGGAAACUAAAGGAAAAAGUUUUAUAAAAAUUCAAGAAAUGUUGGAGAAAUAGUGGUUUAUACAUAUUUUAGGUAAAUUAUAAAGGCUUGUGUUAUAAAAGAACUGAUAUUUUAAUUGAAUUUUCUGUAUAUUGUGUAAAUUGAGAAUUAAUUUAUAAUAUUUUAAUAAAAGGAAUAAUGAAG